ACAUAUCUUGGUGUGCUCUGUUAAAGGAGGAGUUUCCUAUGUUAUUGUUUUUGGGGCAGGUCCACCCAACUUUCCUAUUGGAGAGAGCACAGUGGAUUUGUACUUGUCAGAUCCCCCCUGAUUCCUCCCCAGUCAGUCAGUCAGUCAGUGGGGGGUUGGAUCAGAGGCAGCAAGUGCAGGAGCAUCACUGGACAUAGAGGGAAUCCCAGAGACUACAGAGGCUGCAGCUGGGGGAGAAGUGUUAGGACGAGGGGGCAGCCUCAGAGUCUGGACAUUGUCAGUGUGAGGAGUUCCCUGAUAAGCAGCGCUGUGAAGAACAGGACAGCAGACAUGACCAGGGUGGGCUAUCUGCUGCCAUUCCUCUGGGCUCUGGUAUGUGGAACAACUGUAACGACUACCAUACCACCACCAACUACUGCUAUUAUGACUACUACAUCUGCAAGUUCAGUUACAACACAAGCGGCAUCAGCUGUACCCACAGUUGAACAUACUGUUGGCCAACCCAGUCCAACAAUGCCCACUUCUGCAGCUACUACUCCUGCAACUACCAAACCUCCUACAACGCAAUCACCCUCAGUGACUGCAGUAACUAAUAAGUUACUAACCACAGAAAGCAAAGCUUCACAAACUGACAUACAGCCAACAAUUGUCAGGACUGAAACUAAAUCUGUGGCAGCAACAAGUAGUGGACCCAGCCUUGGACCUUUAAAUGGCAAUAUUCCAAAUGUAACAAGUUCUAGUGAUAAUACUCCACAACCAACAGACCUUCCAAAAGCUUCAACAUCAGUCCUCAAAAGCAGUACUGUAGUAGUGAUACCACCAGACAUCACAGAAAAUGUAGAACAAUUUACAACACAGCUUACUGCGACAUCACCUACCUACUCAAGAACAUCAGAGCCAAGCACAGGAAAAAAUGUAACAAUCGACAGUGGCACUGUGGCGUCAACAUCAACUGUAUCACCAUCUCCAGUGACAACUGCUAAAGCUGCAAUCAUAGAUUCCACCACAAGCUUGCCAAAAGAAACUAUACCAAUGACAACAGCACUUGUAAACCCUAUACAAAAGAAUUUAGAGAAAAUUGAGAUCAAUUGCACAACAGAAAUUGGAGGAUCUUUGGUAAAGAUUAAUAUAAAUCCCUCAAGUAUUUGUGGAGAAUAUGACAGUAAGAAUGAAGAUGAAGCAAAAGAAAUAUUGAAGCAUAUCUGCUCAGCUAUUAAGCCUGGAUACAAGCCAGACCAGGAGAAAUGCCAUAUAGAUCUUGGCCGUGGACCAAAUGAGCUGGUGAUAGUAAAUGCCUAUGUGCAAAGUUCCUUAAGUACAGAAGACUUGUAUGCAUCACUAAAACACAUAAAAAAGGAUGGUUCCUUUCUGUUUAAUUAUGGGGCAAAAUAUGAAGAAGAAGAUUUGGUGAGCAUUCCUCUCAUCAGUGUUAUAGUCUCCAUGGCAGUGGCUCUUCUGAUCACUGCAGCUAUUUAUGGGUGUUGCCAUCAAAGACAAGCACGUAAGCGAGAGCAGAGACUUACUGAAGAGCUUCAGACCAUGGAAAAUGGUUAUCAUGACAAUCCAACCCUUGAAGUCAUGGAGACCUCCCCUGAGAUGCAGGAGAAAAAAGGUGGUCCUAAUGGAGAACUUGGGGACAGCUGGAUUGUUCCCCUUGACAACCUUACAAGAGAAGAUUUUGAUGAAGAGGAGGACACCCACUUAUAAAGCAAAUGAACACCAAUAAGACUUAUUGAAAAAAUACCAAUACAAAGUGCAUUAAAUAGUUGGUCAAAAAAAGAAGUAUGAGCAACGCAUUUGUUGGAGGUGUCACAUGGAACAGCAUUUACUCCCUCCAGCUCUGUCCCGCACAUUACCAAAGGUUGGGUCAACUCCAUUCAUUGAAAAGUGUAGAAAACAAAUGUGAUGUUUGCAGCCUUUGAUGCCUGACACAGACUACAGAAGAUAAGAACUGCAUGAUGUUACUGCUGACAGCAAAUACUUUACAGAUAUGAGGUUUUGAACUUACGUUAAAGCAAUAACGGUAUUUCCUGCAUUCUUAAAUAGGGGUCAAUAUGUUAUUGUAUUCCAUAAACUAUUUUCAGUUGAAUGUAUCCACAUUUCUCAAUAUAUUGUCCAGGAUUUCGGUAGAGUAUACUGUAUAGUAUUUCAUUUUCUUUAUGGGAUUAUCCACAAGAACAGUGAUAAAAAGUGUCUCAAGUCAAUCGCCCCAUAAGGCAUUACUAACUAUACUUAGCAGGUAAACAAGGCAACCAUAACAGACUACUCAAAUACAUGAAUAGCUUUUAAGUGUUUCUUAUAGAAAUUGCUAAUGGGUGAAGAUAUGUAGGCAGGCUAAGAACUGAGGCAUAAUCUGCCUUAAAGAGCUUUACUUCAUGUUUUACAAGAACCCCUUUAUACAAAACUUUACCUCUUAUCUUCCCGCUUGAUUAUCCAAACUUUAAACAAAGAAAAAAAAUAAAGUUUUUGACUAGAGGAUGUGUAUUAUGUAACUUGUCUGUUCAGGACAUCCUCAAUUUUGGAAUGGGUAGUAAUUGAGGUAGCAGCGAAAUGAGAUCCUGACGGGAUAAAAUUGACUCAAAGUGGCAAGAACAGAAUUCUCUUUAAUAUAGGCAAGGCAAUUGUCAUGAGGUGUGAACUUCACCUGAGGUAGCUCCAAUCCCAGAUACAGUGCAUUCCCCAGCACUUACCCCUAUCCAGAGGGAUGAGGAAAAGCAAAAUAGGUUAGAAGUACCUCUGAUAAAAGGAGGCUACAGGAGCAUCCUUUAUGGGCACAUUUUAUCACACUGGAUCAGGAUAAAAAUGCAGCAUAGUUCAUACGUUUAGAUCUCCUCCUGCAUCCGUCCAAUACAAUAAGGUUCCUUUUAUAUGUGUUGUGAUACUUCAUAUGCAUCUAUUUAUUCUAAGUCAAUGAAAUUUCUAUUUUACCUGGAUCAAGUCUAUAUUAUGGUGGCGGAUAUUUCGGAGACCCCAUGAAUCAUACAUAGACAUUGCAGUGUUUGCAUUACGCUAGAAACAUAACUACUGUAUAUACUCAAGUAUAAGCCGACCCGAAUAUAAGCCGAGGCCCCUAAUUUCACCCCAAAAACCCAGGAAAAGUUAUUGACUCAACUAUAAGCCUAGGGUGGGAAAUACAUCAUCCCCCCAUGUCAUCAUCCAUACCCCCGUCAUUAUCAUCCGUCAUCAUCACCCUGCCAUCAUCCCCCCGUCAUCAUCAUCACCCAGUGGUCUUCAACCUCCAGAUGUUGCAAAACUUCAACUCCCAGCAUGCCCGGACAGCCAUCAGCUGUCCGGGCAUGCUGGGAGUUGUAGUUUUGAAACAUCUGGAGGUCCGCAGGUUGAAGACCACUGCGGCCUUCAUCAUCAUCAUCAUCAUCAUCAUCCAGAUCCCCCUUUAGUUUUCUACACACCUUCCCUCAGUGGGAAGGAAGGGUGAGCUGGUCCGGGCCAUCUAUGCUGCAGGGACCUUCCGGUGGGGAGGGUUAGUCAUUCCAGGCUGUCCAUUUUCACUGGGAGGCCCUCUUCUCCGCUCCGGGCCGGCCCCGGACUAGUGACGUUGCCUUGACGACGACACAAAGGGACUUGUAGUUUUGCAACAUCUGGAGGUCCGCAUGUUGAAAACCACUGAGAAGGGAUUGACAGGCGGAGAGUUCACUCGAGUAUAAGCCGAGGGGGGCGUUUUCAGCACGAAAAAUCGUACUGAAAAACUCGGCUUAUACUCGAGUAAAUACGGUAAUGCAGGGCAAUGUGUAUUCAUUUUCUAGGUUACAAGUUAAUAUUUUUUUCAGGCAUCCUAAUGAGCACAGUAUAUAACAGUGGCGUUUCCCCAGGAUUGUAACCAUGGACCACACAUGCUUCCUAGUCCAACAAUAUGUUUGUGAAGGGUAUUUUUUUUACAUUUUUUUAUUUUAUUUUAGCAUAUUUUAGCUUGUACAGACAGAACCACUUAGACAAUGACAGCAGUAGAAGAAACCUUACAUUGACCAUAAUGAGAUAUUUAUGUAAAAUUCAUUCUGUAUAUUCUCAGCUGGAUAUUUGAGAUCAUUUUUUUUUUAUAUAACUUUUCUUCAUUUUUAAAACUUGAUAACAAGCCGACAAUGAUAUAUGCAGACUAUAUCAGCUCACAGAGCUCAGCUUCUGGGGUCAUUUUUCUAAAAUAAUUCUCUUUUUUUAUGGGAUAGUUACUCUUUUAAAGCCAACCUUGACUAUGGAAGCAGGGGGUCAAGGUUAGUAAGGCUUGACUGACUGGACGUGCACUGUAAAUAAUGACUUUUUACUUCUUAAAUAUAAGCCUAAGGUAUACUUUUGUUUUUUUGUUUUUCUUUCCAAGAAGAAGACGAGCAGUUAAAGGGGUAUUCCAGGGAAAACCUAUUUUUUUUUUUUUUUUUUUAGAUCAACUGACUCCAGAAAGUUAAACAGAUUUCUAAAAACUUUCAUUAA